AAUGUAUGCUUUAUUACAAAAAUUAGUGAUUCAUUCAAAUUCAUUGCAAACAAAUAAAAUAGGAUUUUAUCAAAAUUAUUUCAUUGCAAAAAUAGGAUGUUUAAAAGCAUUGAUGUAUUCCUAGUCAUCAUUUGUAUAAUAAAAAUUGAGCCAACAUUUGCAUAUAUUGGUGGCCGUAUUAGCCCACUGUCAUCGUUGACAUCCCUGUCCUCUCUAAAUCCGCUAUCAAUUGCCAGUUCAUUGACAUCUUAUUUAUCAAAAACUCAACGCCAGAGUCAAAGUCAUAAUGAAAGCCAAAAUAUAAAACAAAGUUCACAAACAUUUUGGAAUCUAUUAAGUAUUGCCCGCUAUAUAUUGUCAUUUCCGCAACAAUGUUUAUACCAAAGCGAGACAUACCCGUGUGGUUUGGGUAUAUCGUGUUGGAUGCAAGGAAAACGACCACUUGAUCUCUGCAACGGUGGUGUAUUGUGGAGCUGUUGUAUACCAUUUGAUACACCAAACAAUAUUACAAUUCCUACCAACACUUCCGAACCAAUCAAUGAUCCCGAAUGCGGUAAAGUAUACUUCAAUAGAGACCCGAAGAUUGUCGGCGGAGAGAACGCCCGAUUUGGUCACAACCCAUGGCAGGCGGCUAUCGUUAAACAACAAUAUUUUAACCAAAAGAUUUCGUGCGGCGGAGCUUUGAUUAAGAAGCGCUGGAUUGUGACGGCAGCCCAUUGUGUCUACAAAACUCCGGCUAACAAUCUGAGAGUAAGACUCGGAGAUUAUAACCUAAGAGCACAUACAGAACAGUUAGCACAUGAAGAAUAUGGUGUUCGCCGUAAAGUAGUCAACGAAGCAUACAAUCCGGCGACCUAUCAAAAUGACAUCGCUUUGCUUGAAUUAAGUCAAGAAAUCACUUUUAGGGAACACAUUAUUCCCAUUUGUUUACCACAAAAAGGUCAAAAUUAUACGGGAGAAAAGGCGACGGCCACGGGUUGGGGUCGGACUCAAUAUGGUAUCUCAACGUCACCGGGAGUUCUUCAGAAGGUUGACGUAGAAGUGCUCGAUUCGGAUGAAUGUCAGAAAUGGAUGAAAAGUGUUGGUCGUCGGGAAAGCAUAUUUCCUAAUAUGUUGUGCGCCGGCUAUAAGGAGGGCGGGAGGGACUCGUGUCAGGGAGACUCCGGUAGUCCAUUAAGUCUUAAAGAAAAAGGCAAAACAACACUUAUUGGACUCGUGUCUUGGGGUGUUGGUUGUGCGCGACCUAACCUUCCGGGUGUUUACACCCGUAUAACAGAGUUUGUUGAUUGGAUUACAAUUCACAAGUGUGGAGUUAAUAAAUUCAAAAAUGAAAGCCCUCUCACUGAGAGAAUAGUGGGUGGAAAUAGUUCUCAACCGGGAGAAUGGCCCUGGCAGGUCUCCAUAAGACUUACUCAUCCACAGGCAGGUAAAGUUGGACAUUGGUGUGGAGGAGUAUUAAUAGACAAUCAAUGGGUAAUAACAGCAGCUCAUUGUAUUAUUAAUCCACUCUUUACAUUACCUCAAGCAAUACAUUGGGAAGUUAGAGUUGGAGAACAUCACCAGAAAGAGUCCGAAAGCCAUGAGUCAACAUAUGAGGUGUCAAAUGUGUUUCACUAUCCCUGGUAUAGGGGUUAUGACAAUGAUAUAGCACUGAUGAAACUAAAAGAGCCAAUUGAACCGUCAGAAUAUGUACAGCCCUUAUGUUUGCCACCGGAUAUUAAGGCAGACUUUUUUGAUAAAGAGUGUGUGGCCACCGGUUGGGGCAAAAUUGAUUACAAUAAAAAAGGAGCCGAAAUAUUACAAAAAGUGAGAAUUCAAGUAUUUGACAAUUCUGAGUGUCAAAAGGCAUAUUUCCCUAAAUUCAAGAUCGGAAUCAAGAACUGGCACCUGUGCGCCGGUACCAGUGAUGGCAAGGGAGGACGGGGAACGUGUCAUGGAGAUUCAGGCGGACCACUGCAGUGUAAGAUAGGAAAUCAGUGGCAUUUGGCAGGAAUUACCUCUUUUGGCUCCGGAUGUGCUAAAGAAGGAUUUCCAGAUGUCUACACUCGUGUUACAUAUUUCAUGAAUUGGGUCAAUCAAUUGCGAUUGUUAUAUUAA